UCUGAUCCUUGUUUUUUCUAUAGUUUGCUCUUCAUCCCUCACCCUCCUCGAGCAGCUGAGAUGUGUAUGGAACAGCACCUGAAAAAAUCUCAAUUUUACACUCAACAUCUGAAGAAAAUAUCUGACAUGGAGCCGCAGCAGCCGAAUAUUUUUUUGAAAUCUAUGUUUUGCUCUGCACCUGGAAAAUAAACGCAGACUUGAUCUGCGUCGAAUUCGAUACAAGACUCACAGCAUACAGCUAUUGCAAUGUUGUUUUUCGUGGCUGUUCUUGUCCAGCCUUUCGUGGUUGUGUGGGCAAUCGAGGGGCGAUUCAUGGGAAGGCACUCCGAUUCGUUGCCGUUGUCGCAGCAAAGUGUGGAAGCAGAAGAUGAACUGGAGCAAGUCGGCGCUGUGGCAUCUUCGGGUGACCUUGGUAAUCAUGCGCCCUGUUCCCUCUCGCUGACGGACAACUUCUCUGAUGAAGAGGCGAGCAACGCGAGCGGAGAAGGAGAUGGAGGUACAACUGACCCCUCCCUGCCGCUAGAUUUUUUGCCCUUUCAUCAGGAGGGAGCAGUAGCAGAGCAGGAGCAAGAUAAUUCCGGUGCAAGAAGAGCCUCCUCUGCAGAGGCAGACGAGCGGUCUGGAACGAGAUUCGCACCGGUAGAAGUGGUCCAAGAUGAGCGGGACGAACAGAGCAGCGACGUGGUGCUGCCUCUUCUGCAGCCGAGAGACCACGGAUUCCCCCCUGAGGAGGAUCAUGACGAAGGGUUGUUGCCGACAGCUAGAACCGCCAGUGCCGCAGAAGUCGCCACUCUUCCCCUAUCGGAACCAUUCACGACAACUUCCACGUCCCCCGAGCACCACCACCAGGCGCCUGCUGAGCACGGCGCUCGAGCAGCUGUUGGAGGUGGCCAGCAGGAGGCACCGCGAGGGACACAGACGAUUUCGUCAAGAGUGGCUGCAUUCGCACGUGGCGUGGCAGAGAAUGAUCAUGUUGUUAGCCCCCGCCCUGAAGGACCUCCUGGGUCCGCGAUGGUGCUGCCUUUUGUGGUGACUCCGCAAACCUCCUCGGACUCGAGUUUUGAAGCCCAGCCUCCGCAUGCAGACCCGACGACGCUGCAGGUAGUUGACGACGAUAACGGUGUGCAGAUUUGCGAGAUUAGGCAAGUCAGCAGCGAGUUGACUGUGGCUGACGUGUAUACACUUCUCGUCACAGAAAUUGAGCUUCUGAACGACCCGCUUGUGAAUCUGGCGCUUUAUUCGGAGGAUGUGCACGAGUCGAUUGUUCCGGAGCAAGACGUCGCGGAGCAACCGCAACAGGGCAACAACACUUCACAACCUUCACGCCGUCGUUUGUCUGAUCCGGAAGAGCGCGUUCUGGGAACCGUGCGUCGGCUGCGGGUCCGCCUGACGAAUGUCGAUGCCGAUGACUUUGUCAAUCAUGUGCGCAAUUUCGCUGUCAUUCUACCCGCGGACGAAGCUCCACUUUUGCGUGAUUGCGUCACGCUUCCCAGCAGACGAUUCGAAGGAGAGGGAGGGAAUCGGAGCGGAACGCUCUAUCAGGUACUGGUGUUGUUGUGUUGAGAUUAAAUCGAUUUUGUAGUGCAUUUAAGGUGUUGCUUUGGUUGAUCUGGAUGAAGACAUACAAGGGGAUAAUAUCACUCACAGCUCGACACAGUGGCGCAGGUCGAAGAGUACCUCCGAAGACAGUGGAUGUCCGCUUCGGAGUCACAGCAGCGAGCGUUUAUUCAAGCCACAGAGCUAUACUCUGAAUACAGUGCGAAUCUGAUUGCUUGGCAGGGAGGGACCUGAGGCCGCAGGCGAUCUGUAUGCGAAAAGACGAAGUAUGUGAACAGCAACAACGCGAAUUGAAAACUAACAAGUGGUGCGGUACCAUAGUAAGCGUUUUCUAUCCUUGUCCACUACAACACACGAUUGCGCGAAUGCUUAUGCUCCGCGUUAGCGAACGCGAAUAAAGAUGUCCCACCUCGCUUUGACACGAAAAAUCCAACUUGCCGUUUCUGGUGUACUACUUUAGCAGUUUUUGGUUUGGCUUUGAAUAUUACGAGAAGUGAGAAUA